ACCUAACCUAUAAAACCAUAACUAUCCUUCCUAAAGUAUUAACGUUGUCUCUGAUUUCAUUUAAUUAAUAACAAAAAAAAGACAUCUGAAAUAAAAAUAUGGAAGGUAAAUCAUGUUUAUUAAAUUUCAUUAUAAGUUUUUGUAUGUAAAUAUAUUUUUAGAAAUGAAUGAAUUUAUAAUAUUAAAUUCAACUAAUUCAAGAACACUGGCUGAGGAUGAGUUAGUGCAAAAUGGAAUAAUUCAGUUCUCAGAGUCUCUACCCUCUUCAUCAAAAAGUGUAAAUACACCAACUAUUGCUAUUUGGACACAUAACCAAACAUUAAAAUUAAUAGACUUAUACAAACUUUACCGGAAGAAAGUUGGAACUCUAGAGUUACGCACUUUAAAAAAAAUGUGGGAGGCAAUUUGCAGUGAUAUGAACGGUAUUUUUAAAAGUAAUUUUUUGCCCUCUCAUUGUGAGAACAAAUGGAGGGUAAUUGAAAGAAACUAUAAGAAGUACAUAGACUCCACAAAACAAACUGGUGGAGGUAGAAAAGUCUUCGAGUACUUCAAAGAAAUGGAUGAAAUCUUUGGAAAAAAAAGCAACAUACGUCCAGAACUUCUGCUAUCUUCGAAUACCAUUUCACACCAAGAUAAGGAGAACAAUCUUCCACCAACUGAAAACAGCGAAACACCUGCUGCCGAAAAUGCCAAACAUAAAAUUGAACCAAUAACAUCUCCAAAACAUCCAAAAAGAAGAAGAACUAUAAUUCAAGAAAAAAAAUCAGUAUUGGAAGUAAUGAGGAUGGAUAAAAAGGAAUAUUACGGGAAAAUAUUAGACCUAGAAAAAGAAAAAUUGGCAUUUAAAAAAGAAAAAUUGCAAAAGAAAUUGGACAUUGAAAUUAAAAAACUUGAAGCCAAAGAAAAAGAAACAAGUGCCUAUAAAGAUAGAAAUGAUAUUAUGAAAGUAUUUUUAGAAAAAAACAUUAAGGUCAAUUUUGAAACUGAUGAAGACAUUUUAUAA